GUGCCGCAGCCCGGCAGAUGAGCUCGGCUCAACGUGCUCUCAUUACUUUGCUGAUCAGCCCCGGUUCAUAGCUGCUCCUCAGCGGAACGGACGAGGAUCCACCGACUCCCGUCAGUGCUCUCGCCCCGGAUCUAAGCGGCUCGGUUCCCGUGUACAGCGCGGCUCUUCGGUGCCUGAGGAAUGCACAGAGAGCUGACCCAGAACAGGAUCCAAAAGAUCUGGGUUCCCACCAAAGAUGACAAGCCGGCCCCGCGGAGAGCAACUGGCUCUCUCCACUUGGCCAACACCCCCACCGUCAUCGUGAUGGUGGGCCUGCCUGCUCGAGGCAAAACGUACAUGUCAAAGAAACUCACCCGCUACCUCAACUGGAUCGGCAUGCCUACCAAAGUCUUUAACGUGGGAGAGUACCGCAGGGAGGCCGUCAAGAACUACAGCUCCUAUGACUUCUUCAAGUCUGAUAAUGAGUGUGCCGUGAAAAUCAGGCAGCAGUGUGCCUUAGCAGCCUUGAGGGAUGUCAAGUCCUAUCUGAAGGACGAGGGAGGCCAUGCAGCGGUCUUCGAUGCCACAAACACAACAAGGGACAGACGAGACAUGAUCCUCAAGUUCGGCGACGAGAAUGGCUUCAAGAUCUUUUUCAUUGAGUCUGUGUGCGACGAUCCCAGCGUCAUCGCGUCCAACAUCAUGGAAGUGAAGGUGUCGUGUCCUGACUACCGGGACUGCAACAAGACCGACGCCAUGCUGGAUUUCCAGAGGAGAAUCGAGUGCUACAAAACCAGCUACCAACCCCUGGACCCCGAUCAGCACGACAGGGAUCUCUCCUUCAUCAAGGUGAUCGAUGUCGGCCGGCGGUUCCUCGUCAACCGGAUCCAAGAUCACAUCCAGAGCAAGAUCGUCUACUACCUGAUGAACAUCCACAUCCAGCCCCGCACCAUCUACCUGUGUCGGCACGGAGAGAGCACCGACAACCUGGAGGGACGGCUCGGUGGGGACUCUGGCCUCUCGCCGCGGGGCAGACAGUUUUCAGCCACCCUGAGCCGGUUUGUUGAGGAGCAGAAACUGGAGAAUUUGAAGGUGUGGACCAGCCAGCUGUGUUGCAGCAUCCAGACGGCCGAGCACCUGGGAGUCCAGUACGAGCAGUGGAAGGCUCUUAAUGAGAUCGAUGCUGGAUUGUGUGAGGAGUUGACGUACGAUGAGGUGAAGGAGAAAUAUCCAGAGGAGUUUGCUUUGAGAGAUGAAGAUAAAUACUACUACCGCUAUCCUGCCGGAGAGUCCUACCAGGACCUGGUCCAGCGGGUGGAGCCGGUCAUCAUGGAGCUGGAGAGGCAGGAGAACGUCCUGGUUAUUUGCCACCAGGCCGUCAUGCGCUGCCUGCUGGCCUACUUCCUGGAUAAGAGCGCAGAUGAGAUGCCCUACCUGAGAUGCCCCCUGCACACGGUGCUGAAGCUCACCCCGGUCGCCUACGGGUGCAAAGUGGAGUCCAUCUCUUUGAAUGUGGAGGCAGUGAACACCCACAGAGACAGACCUGAGGAAGUGAAGAGGGGACCCGGCACCCUGAUCAGGAGGAACAGCGUGACUCCCCUGACCAGCCCAGAGUCAAACAUUAAGAAACCUCGAAUCGAUGACCUGGACGAGCCUCCGAUCCAGGAGCUGCCUCCAUCGGCUGCCUCGCUGGCUCUCUGCAGCCCCUCCCACCUCCCUCUCACCCUGGCCGGACAGCACUGGCUGGGUAAAGUCUGCCUACGAACCACCCUCCACUGUCUCAAAGUGGUUUCGCCCUUAGUCUUCCAAAGGUAAACACACUGUAGUGGCUUCACAGUUGCUUCAUAGUCUCUGCCAGAAGCUCGUUUGACACACAGCGGUCACACAGUUAACUCUUUAGAAUUCACUACCAGAGAGCUUCUAAUAUAGAGAGAACUUACACAAGGGAGUGAUGGCAAGAUGACCGAAAAAUAAUAAGGGGCCUUUGGAGCUGUUUCCCAAAAUGGGAAAGCAUUUCUGGCACUGGUAGUUCCAAUAGAUGAGAUGUGCAUUUUUUUAAAUCGUAGUAAUUGUUUCUGAAAGUAUUUGUGAUGUCACGCUUCACAGAAUACAUGACGACACUCAUUAUUUUGGUUUGUCAAUGAAAAUCAUCAUUAAUUCAGAAAAAGUUUUGCUAACAGCUAAUGAACACCCCCCCCCCCCAAAGGGCCUCCAAAACCUUCCGUAGAAGCCUCCUCUAACAUGACUCAUUUCCUUGUUUCCUCCUCAUUUUGUUUCUCUGUGUAGUUGGUAUCACAUCAUUGUUUUGUUAAAUUCACUGGGCUACUUCCUGUUCAUGACAUCAGCAUCCACCAAAAAUUCCUUAACACUAGCCAAGCAGGUUGUUCAGAGAACAGCCACAGCCACUGAACUUGAGUAGAAAUGGCACGCCUGAGCUAUUUUUCUGUUUGUCACAGUGGAAAGGUGUGUGAGGCUCUUCUCAGCUUCAUUCAUAAUCACCAGAGGAUUAACGCUCUGCAGCCGUUGCUCACACGCUCAUGAACUUAGCGCCAGUUUUCACGCCCUAAAAAUAUCAUAGAGGAAAAACAGGGCCGGAGGCAACACAUGUGAUAUAACCUGUGGUUUAGGGAUUAGGCUGCAAGAGACAGUAUCAUCGGCCAACUGCAUAUUUACGCAGGAGUGCUGCCUUUUGUGUUGUUGCUGACGUCCUGGUUGCCACUUGUGUUGUAUUGCAUCAUAAGCCUCACUGUGGAGGACCUGUCAACGUGUCUAAACGUUGUUUUUUUGUUUUGUUGUGUUUGCAGAACCUGAGGAGGAGCUCAUCCGGCCGCCGUGACAUCCUGCAGCCCUGCCAAUGAAAAAGCUCCCAUGUGUCGCAGAGCUCAAGAGGUCGGAAAGCGGAUCAGUGGCGAAGAAGAGGAUAGAAGUGGAAAAAAAUAAGGAAAAGUGAAAUUGGAUUUUUGAAAAAAGCAACAUUUCUCAAAUUGUCAAACACCAAGGAUCCACUGGAUGAAUGUGUCAUUUUUUCUGUAAAGGACGAAAACCCUUCAUCGUUCCCAAAGGACCAUGGGUAUCUGAUUGUUUCACCGCCGAGUGCCUGUCGUGCCUGUUCCGCAAGCCUGACGCCGCUUCUCUCGCUAUUUCCGUGGACUUGAGCGCUUGAGGAGAGGCGCCACAUCUCACCUAAUAACUCCACAUAUCAUUUCAAUAUCUUAUUUUUCACAGUUUGAAUAUUUAUUUUUCAUUACGAUGUAGUUUAAACAGUACCUGUUGAUCAUUUGAUAAAGUCCCUGCCGCCGAUUGGGGGGAACUUUUUAUUUGCUCUCAUUGUCUGCAACGCACAAAUGUAAGCACUUCUAUUUUUGUUAUAACAAUGCGCGCUGUUAAUAAUAUUCUUGUAAAUUUUAGUGUACAUACAGUGUAAGGAGAGACGUGUGGGGGAUGUGUGCAUGUAGUGGUGUUUUUGUAUGGGACUGAAUGGAAAGCAGGAGGCGCGUGGAGAAAGAAACUGCGGCUCACGUCUCUCAGUAAAACUCUAAACCUGUUUUGCUUGAGAUACUUGAAAUUUGUUUUUUAUAAAAACUGUUUUAUUAUACUAUUAAUUUAUUUUUACGUAGUUUUGAAUGACUGACUGACUGACCGAAGGACUACUACACAUGAGAGGACAGUAUGUUGUACAGUUGAUUUUGCUGGCCUUGCUGGACCAAUAAAUUCACGCCGGGAAAAUACACACAA